GAGAGAGAGAGAGAGAGAGAGCGCGGAAGGCUACGGAGGCACGCUGCAUGUCAGAUUGCAGUUCCAGCGAGGAGGGAUACUACGGCGGAUUCGGUGAGCUUGCGAACCCUCUACAAUGGCCGCAACUCAGGAAAAAGCGACGCACGCCGACCCUCCCAUCUGUGACGUCGUCGGUGCCAAGGGAGCCGUCCAAGAAUGGGUUCCCGUGGCUGAUGAGAGGCGGGCCGCCGCGCCGCAGGUCGAGGCCGUCGGAAAGUUGAUCGCCCCCGCCGAAGACGUCCCGGCCCCUCCCAUGAAGCCCUCUUCCAAAGCAAUUCCGAUUGUGAUGAGAGCUCAAAAUAGCCAUCCUCUAGAUCCACUGUCUGCAGCUGAGAUAUUAGUUGCAGUAGCAACAGUCAGGGCUGCUGGUGCAACUCCAGAGGUUAGAGAUGGUAUGCGAUUUAUAGAAGUUGUUCUGUUGGAACCAGAGAAGAACGUUGUGGCAUUGGCUGAUGCCUACUUCUUUCCCCCUUUUCAACCAUCACUACUCCCCAGAACAAAAGGUGGUCCUGUCAUCCUGGGUAAGCUUCCUCCUCGGAGGGCUAGGCUUGUUGUUUACAACAAAAGGUCAAAUGAGACAAGCAUUUGGAUCGUCGAACUCUCAGAAGUUCAUGCGGCUACUCGGGGUGGCCGUCACAGGGGAAAAGUCAUCUCCUCUGAAGUUGUUCCGGUAGUCCAACCCUCCAUGGAUGCCAUGGAGUAUGCGGAAUGUGAAGCUGCUGUAAAAAGUCACCUUCCAUUCAUAGAGGCAAUGAGAAAGAGAGGAGUAGAGGAUAUGGAUCUUGUGAUGGUUGAUUCUUGGUGUGUUGGUUUCUACAGUGAUGCUGAUGGUCCUAAUCGCAGACUUGCAAGACCACUAAUAUUUUGCAGAACUGAGAGUGACUGCCCCAUGGAGAAUGGUUACGCACGUCCCGUUGAAGGCAUACAUGUUCUUGUGGAUAUUCAAAAUAAUGUUAUAAUCGAAUUUGAAGAUAGAAAAUUGGUGCCUCUACCUCCAGCAGAUCCUUUGAGAAACUAUACUCCUGGAGAAACACGAGGAGGCAUCGACCGAAGUGAUGUGAAACCUCUACAAAUUCUUCAGCCUGAAGGUCCCAGUUUUCGUGUAAAUGGUUACUUUGUGCAAUGGCAAAAGUGGAAUUUCCGGAUUGGUUUCACGCCAAGGGAGGGAUUAGUCAUACAUUCUCUAGCAUAUGUUGAUGGUAGUCGUGGACGGAGACCUAUUGCUCACAGGCUAAGCUUCGUGGAGAUGGUAGUUCCUCAUGGAGAUCCAAAUGAACCUCAUUACCGUAAAAAUGCAUUUGAUGCUGGGGAAGAUGGCCUUGGAAAAAAUGCACACUCUCUUAAAAAGGGCUGUGACUGCUUGGGUUACAUCAAAUACUUUGAUGCCCAUUUCACAAACUACACUGGUGGGGUUGAAACUAUUGAGAAUUGUGUUUGUUUGCAUGAAGAGGACCAUGGGAUCCUAUGGAAGCACCAAGAUUGGAGAACAGGCUUAGCAGAAGUUAGGCGAUCAAGAAGGCUAAGUGUGUCCUUCAUAUGUACAGUUGCUAAUUAUGAAUAUGGCUUUUUCUGGCACUUCUAUCAGGAUGGUAAAAUUGAGGCAGAAGUAAAGAUAACUGGAAUUCUCAGCCUAGGGGCUUUGGGACCUGGUGAAUCAAGAAAGUAUGGUACAACAAUAGCACCGGGUUUAUAUGCGCCAGUUCAUCAGCAUUUCUUUGUUGCUCGCAUGGAUAUGGCUGUUGACUGUAAACCUAAUGAAGCCUUCAAUCAGGUGGUUGAGGUGAAUGUCAAAGUUGAAGAACCUGGCCUGCAUAAUAUUCACAAUAAUGCAUUCUAUGCUGAAGAAAAGCUUCUCAGAUCGGAGUUGCAGGCUAUGCGUGACUGCAAUCCUUCAUCUGCACGACACUGGAUUGUAAGGAACACCAGAACUGUAAAUCGAACUGGUCAACCUGCGGGCUACAAGCUCAUGCCUGGUCCCAAUUGCCUUCCAUUAGCUGGUCCAGAGGCAAAAUUUUUUAGAAGAGCUGCAUUUUUAAAGCAUAACCUUUGGGUUACAUCAUAUAAACAUGACGAGAUGUAUCCAGGAGGAGAGUUUCCUAAUCAAAAUCCACGGAUAAAUGAGGGACUAGCCACAUGGGUUAAGAAGAAUAGGUCCCUUGAGGAAACUAACAUUGUUCUGUGGUAUGUAUUUGGAGUCACCCACAUCCCAAGGUUGGAAGACUGGCCUGUCAUGCCUGUUGAGCGCAUAGGUUUUAUGCUCAUGCCGCAUGGUUUUUUCAACUGCUCUCCUUCGGUUGAUGUGCCUCCCAGUCCCAGUGGAGCAGAGGAGGAGAGUGUAGCGCCAAAGUUGGUCCCAAGUCUUCUUCUCGCCAAGCUUUGAUGAAUGAUGAAAAGCCGAUGAUGCAUCUGUAUCCUGGUCAUAUAUAAAGCGACACCUCAAAAGCAUAUGUCUUGGUUUUGUUCCAACGGUAUGGAAGCCUCAAGCCAACCACUAGUCAUUUUGCUUAGAUAUGAAGAUAUGUAUGAUGGGUUUAGUUUGCUGCUUUUUGCGGUGACUGAUUGACAAUGGUUAUCUUUUAAUUAAAGUUAUUCCUUUCGUACUUAUUAAGUAAA